CACCUGGAUCGCGGGCGCGGGGCUCGCUCGGGCAGAGCCACGCUGCCUGCGGCCGGUGCCGCUCCUGCGGAGCGUGAAGCGGGCGGGGGGAGCCGCGCCGGCCGCCCGUGGGAGGAGGGGGUGCAGCAGCCGCCAGCCCCCGCAGCCGCGCCCGGGCUCUGCCCGCUCCUGCUCCGGGAUCAGGUUCCCGCGGCCGGGGCGGGCGGCACCGCCUCCCCGUCCCCGCCUGUCGGACCCGCGGCCGUGGGCAGCGCCGGCGGCGGGAGGGGCGCGUCCUGCACGGCCGGGGCCGCGGCAGAGCGGCGCGCUGCGGGCAGGUGCGGCGGCUGGAGCCGGAGCCGGCAGGUCCGCGCCUCCCGCGCUGCUCUCCGACAGCAUGAAGGUCGAGUUUGCCCCCAUCAAUAUCCCUCUAAAGAGGAGGAUCCAGACAGUCGCCGUGCUGCAGUGGAUCUUCUCAUUUCUCCUGCUGGCAGAGUUUUGCUGUGGAUUCUUUGUGCUCCUGAUCCUAGGCAACUUCUGGUUCCUUGCUGUUCUGUACCUGCUGUGGCUUUACCUCGACUGGGAAACACCAUGUGCUGGGGGCAGACGGUCCCAGUGGGUCAGAAGCUGGACUGUCUGGAAGUACUUCAGAGAAUACUUUCCCAUUCAUCUUAUAAAAACUUCAGAACUGAACCCAAAUCACAACUACUUACUUGGCUUUCACCCUCAUGGGGUCCUGGUAGCUGGAGCCUUUGGAAACUUUUGCACCGAAUCUCAUUUCAAAAAUUUAUUUCCUGGGCUUACUCCAUAUCUUCAUAUCAUGCCCAUCUGGUUUGGCUGUCCCUUCUUCAGAGAAUACAUAAUGUGUGCUGGAAUGGUUUCUGCAUCCAAGGAAAGUGUCUCACAUGUGCUGAACAAUGAAGGAGGUGGCCAUGCAUCUGUCAUUGUGAUUGGAGGAGCAGAGGAAUCUCUGAAUGCACAUCCUGGAAGCCUGACCUUGAACAUCCUCAAGAGGAAAGGCUUUAUUAAAAUGGCCCUGAAACAUGGGGCUCAUCUGGUCCCGGUGUUUUCCUUUGGUGAAAAUGAACUAUUCAAGCAAGUUGCAAACCCCAAAGGUUCAUGGCUCAGGAAUGUACAGGAGAAGUUGCAAAAGAUAAUGGGAUUUGCUUUACCACUAUUUCAUGCUAGAGGAGUAUUCCAGUACAGUUUUGGCUUAAUACCUUACAGGCAACCUAUUCAUACUGUUGUGGGAAGCCCCAUCCCUGUAAAAAAGAACUUGAACCCCACCACUGAAGAGAUUGAUCAGCUACAUGCAUUGUAUCUACAGAAACUAAAGAAAUUAUUUGAAGAACACAAAAGCAAUUAUGGCAUCCCUGCACAUAAAUCUCUCAUCUUCGAGUAGCAAAUUACAAUUUGUAAUUCCGAAUCUCAUGGAAAGAAACAGUAUCUGCUGAAAGAUGUCUUUCUUGCAAUCCACAUUUAGCAAUCUGUAAUUAUCCUUGUAUAAGGAAUACUUUUAAGAAUGGAUUAUUAGAUGAUUUAUUGAUUUUUAUCUUAUUCUUGGGCAGUGGGGGGAGGGAUCAUUGGGAUGUAAGCCUCAAAGCCGGUGCUGUUUUGAGUUGUCCUUUUAGGUUCAUAUGUGCCAGAAAUGCGAGUGAGAGACUCCACACAGAUGUUCUUACCACCAUGGUACCUACCCACAUCUUGAGCAUAGGAAAUUGCCCCAGCAGGAGAUCAGCAGCAGAAGUAUAAACCCAAGAAGCCUUUGAUUAGAGGUUGAAAGAUUUACCAGCAUUUAUCAAACAUGAUAUCAGAUUGUUCUCUGAACGUCAGAAACCCCUGCUGCUUUUCCACAGGAAUGAAGGUGUAUGUUUUCAGCAGAUGGCUACUGUAAACCACUUACAUGAGAAUUCAAGAAUAAAUAGGAUCCUUCAGUCCUGAAUAGGAUACUGGAAAAAAUGGUUUGUCCAAGUCAUGGAGCAGAGCAAACCUUCUGUUUGGAGAAGAGUGUGUUGAGAUUUUUGUGUGUAUGUGUGUGCUGGGUGGUGGGAAGCACUGAAUGAUGUGACUUUUCUGGACAAUCUGUGCUUUGGAUCAUAAGUUUGGAAGAUGAAGCAGCUUUGGUGUUUCAGCUUCAGAAGAGAUGGCAGGCACAGAACAGGAAAAGUGAGGGAAUCAUGUGAAUUCUUCAUCCUGUACAAAUUCAGAAUGACCCUAUGUCAAGCACUUGCACAGAAGGAAAGGGAGCCAAAUUUGUUCAGUCAGUUCUGAAAUUUCACCAAGGAAAGUGUACUUGAUAAUGCCUUUUUUUCCCCACUGACAGAUGUGGGGAAGUGUGUGUUAAGCUGGUGCUGCAGGGUGACACAGCUGCAGUGCCGAGGCAGUGUGAGCAUAGCUCUAGGGUGCAGCAGGUUAAGAGGAUGCGUUGUAUAUAAACCAGGUGCCUGAAUUUGAGAAAAGGUCUAUCCUGAAUGUGGAUAUCCACUUCAGAAAAGAAAAGAAAAAAAUCUUAGCCAAACUAUUUUUCAGUGAAAAUGCCUAGGUCUUGGAGAGUAUUGUGCAUGGGAAGAAUUGUAAUAUAUUACUGAAUUUAUAUGAGAUAAAUUCUUGUAUUUGUAAAUGUUUUCUGUCUGCCUGCAGACUUUGCACAUCUGAUGUUAGUGAAGAGUUUGCUCUGCUCUAAGCAGUUUUGGUGCCUAAACAUGACAUAAGUUAGGUGCUCUGACAGGUCAUGCAUGGGCUUGUCAGGCAGCCUGGGUAUCUUCAGUUGGCUCAGUUGAGCACUGAGGUGCUCCAGGAAUAGCAGCACUGGACACCUUGUGUAUUCAAUGGGCUGUAGGCUCUUAGAAGAAACACAGCUGGGGCUUUGAGAACAAGGCAGAACUCUGGAAAGAAAAUAUCUUAACAAUUUGAAGGUGUUUAAAGAAAAGAGUGGAAAUGGGCUGAGCUCCAACUGAACCAACACCCCAAAGCCAAACAAGUAUUUGCCAGACAGAGCAGAUGUAUGUGCUUCAAAAAGCCCUCCAGCAACAAGGUGGUUUCCUUAAGAGGGCUCUUCCUUCUAGUGCCCAUUUGUCAUCCGGAUGUAAACAACACUGAGCCAACACUGAGUCCUGCUCUCAUUUUCCCUACAAUGACACAAUCUUUCUGGGAACCAGGGCUGGAAUUUCAGUGCUUGAAGAAGCCCCUCUUCCCUGACAGACUGCUGUCAAUGUGCCCACAAUCCACCUCUACCUGAGCUUGAUACCGUGUGUGCUUGCCCUCCCUUUCCACACCUUUGCUGAUCACUGAUGAUCACUGUGGUGUAGGCAUCUUGCUUCCUCACUUUCUGCCCACCUUUCCCUGGCCCGAGAUCUCUGGUCUCUAUGCAUGGAAAAUAAUGAGUGGUUGCUUAUCAUUCAGCAAAAAUGGGGUUUAGGAGCAGGGUUUGGGAAGAGGAAACACUGUGGUUUUGCAAGUUUGACACAAGCUUAAAAUCAGGACUGUUUCAGCUCUGGAAAGGGCAUGUUUCUAGGGAGAUCAGACAUGGCAGGUUUGUUACAUGGGAAGAGGUCUCAGGGUCCUGAGGAUUGUACAAAUGUCAGAUGACCCCUGAGCUCUUGCUUUUUCUUAGUCAGCUAUGUGAAAUUUCCUUUGGAUUUGACUCUUUAUUGCCUGCCCUGAUGAGCAGUGAGGAUUAUUCAUGAAAGAAGAAUUUGGAGUCUAUGACAGACUGCUCUCUCCUAGAUCAUCUGCUCUAAUGAGAUAUUUCCUCUCAUUCUCAGUCUGCUCUUUUCCCAUUACCUUAAUGACAGAGAAAAUCAGGCUGUAAAUUUUAAAAAUAUUAGCAUUGAGUUGAGGAUGGAAAGUAACAAUUUUUUUUUGUUUAUUAAAUUAAUCAAAAUUUCUUGGGAAUAUGUGGACACUGAUUUUGGGACAAUAUCUGGUCCAAAGGAUACCCUAUAAACAGGCUUUCCUCUGAAUUCCGUGAGGAAAUUAUCUGUGGGCUCUCUGUACCAUCCAUAACUGGCUUAGGUAGAAGAAGUAGGGAUUGUGUUGCUAUGGCUACUGAUAUUGUCAUUGUUUUGUAACAAUGCAGACAGUAAAAAAACCCAAAAACUAAAAAUCCCAACAAAAACCAAACCAACAGAAUCUCCAAACAACUCAAAUAUUUAUUGUUGCUCAGUUACCACUGCAUAUUGCUAAUGAUGGUCCUUCCAAAGUACCUUUUAUUAACCAAUUGUCUAGUGCACCCGGGACUAUUUGAAAGUAGAACUUCUGUCUCUAAAUGUGAUAGACAUGGUGUUAUCUAAGGUAUUGACCUGUGUAUCAGUGUGUGGAUUUGUAAAACAAUCCUGAGCCCAGAGCCCUGGCAGCCACAGACCCAUUUUGGCUACCACAGGCACCAAUCCCAGCGCUGCUAUAGGCACGAGGAAGCUGCCCAUGUUUGUUGGAGCAAGAGUCUCCAGUUGCAGCUCAUGCUGGACAAAGCAAGAGCAAGGAGCUGGUAGGAAUGGUGACACACCCUCCCACAGCUGCAACUGGAAGAACUGGGCAGCACUCAAAUUCCUGGUGGGGAUGCCACACUGCCUGGGGCCUGCUUCGUGGGGUGUUUCUCUUUGUGCCUUUUAAUGCCACAGGUAAUCCCAGAGAAGCCAGCCAUCCAUCAACAGGAGAAGCUCUGCCUCUAAACCGUGCAAACGCUGCCUCCCUGACACGCUCAGGAUGAAUUACCUGCCUAUUCCCUCGUGUGUGAACACCUCUGUGCCAAAUUCUGUUGACAGAAAGUCAUUCCUGAGUAUUUUUACUUUGUGGACUACGCAGCAUAGUUUAGACUUCGUAACUUUUUAUGGUACCUGUAAAAUAUAAAUGUCAGCUGUUUCAAUGAUAGCUGUGGCAAGGAGGUGUCAGCUAAUAAAGG